UCCAGUCCAGCAGGGGCGGAAAUGGACCAAUCAACUGCUUUGUCUCAACAUGACACCAAGCGGAAGUUAAACAAAAAAUGGCCUCAGCAGUUUGUGUGGGCUGAGCUGGAAGAUGGUUGUGUUAUCGUAUUUAAACUGAAUAUUUCAGCAACCAUGUCUUCAGCUCAGCAUCUCAGAGAGUUUAUCAGAGAGAGACUAACUGCUGCUGCUCAAGAAAUCUUCACCGAGGUUGAAAAAACCAUCAUUUGCUACGAGGAAGAGCUCGAUGCUCAGCGCAGGAUGAUGGGGAUCAACUGGAAACCAGAAAUUAAGCUACACAGAGUCGGUUCGGAGCUGCAGAGACAAAGUUCUGACCUCCAGAAGCCACGUGUCUCCAAAGAGGGAACUUUUGCCAUCCAGCAGGUCUGUCACCAAGGGAGGAAGACCAGUCACAACGAGGAGGAAGUAGGACAUCAGUGGACUGAAAACGUACAGAUGGAACCAGAACUUCCACUGAAAGAAGGAAAAAAAGAACCAGAACCACCACUGAUCAACAAAGAAAAGGACAAAACAGAUACUUCUGCACUUCCCUGUGAAAAACCGGAACUAGAACAUUUACCAUGUAGACAUAACCAGAUGGACGUCCACGGUAGUCAGGAGAGAGAGCCGCUUGUCCAGAAGCAGAUUGUUGCUUCGAUGGAGACUUCUACUCUUCAGGCAGAUGGCUUGACUGAAGAGGAACCAAGAACUGAGCAGCUUUCCCUUCAUAUCUCUCCUGUAGUCGAGAGCAAAGAUCAAGAAGAAAGCACCUACACUGUGUCUGAGAGUCAGUCUCAUACUGACACAAAGAAAAGUUCUUUCAAAUGUGAUAUUUGUGGGAGAAGUCUUAAAAAUCAGUGCAACCUGGUUAAGCAUUACAGAACCCACAAAGGUGAGAGGCGUUUUUCUUGUGAAACAUGUGGAAAAUUGUUCUUAAAGAAAGCAACUUUGAAUGUUCACAUGAGAAUACACACAGGUGAGAGACCUUUUUCAUGUGAAACAUGCGGUAAAUGCUUCUCUCAAAUUGGUCAUUUAAAUGUGCACAAAAAACUUCAUACUGGAGAAAGACCCUUUACAUGCAAAACAUGUGGGAAAAGUUUUUCUCUAAAUUGUAAUUUAAAUGUACACAAAAAAUAUCAUACAGGCGAGAGGUGUUUUUCAUGUCAAAUGUGUGGAAAAAGUUUCUCUAUAAUUCAACAUUUAAAUGCACACAAGAGAGCCCAUACAGGUGAGAAGCCCUUUUUAUGCCAAUUAUGUGGGAAAAGUUUCUCUCAUGUUGUUAAUUUAAAUUUCCACAAGAAGAUACACACAGGUGAGAAGUUUUAUUCAUGUCAAAAAUGUGGAAAACGUUUCUCCCUGAUUCAUUAUUUAAAUGUACAUCAGAGAACACACUCAGGUGAGAAACCGUUUUUAUGCAAAUCAUGCGGAAAAUGUUUCUCUCAAAUUAGUCAUUUAAAUCUUCACAUGAAAACUCACACAGGUGAAAAACCUUUUUCUUGUGAAACAUGUGGAAAAUGUUUUGUAAAUGUUUCAAAUUUGAAUGUUCAUAGAAGAACUCACACAGGCGAGAGGCCUUUUCCUUGUCAAACAUGUGGAAAAAGUUUCUCUCACAUUAGUAAUUUAAAUCUCCACAAGAAAACUCAUACAGGUGAGAGGCCUUUUUCAUGUGAAAUAUGUGGAAAAGCUUUCAUUAAUCCUGGAAAACUGAAUCUCCACAAAAAACAAACACAGCAUAUAAAAUGUUCUACAGAAAAUGCUUGUAAGGAAGCUUAAAUAGAUUUAAAACUACUUGGCAUGCUAUAGGCCGCCAUUUGCAAAACGGCUAAUCCAGAAACACAAUUUAUUUUCCUUUCUACUGAUAUGUUGUACCCCCAAUAUUAGAGGUUAGGAAAAACUUUGUUCGCUUUUGUGGUUGUUCUGAAACUGUUUAUCAGAACAACCAAGAAACGGUUUCUGUUGUUCCGGGACAGUUUCUAGUACUACUACUAUAUACUUUGGUGAUCAAACAUCAAAGUAUAUUUGGUGUUUGAAAUGUUAAAAUAGGCAGUUUUAAGUAUUUUGAGAGUCUAAAGUAUUUGUGGAUUUAAGCAAUUCGUGAACUGGUCAGGAUGUCCAGAGAUUUGUGCUAAAUAUUUUUUUUAGUCUAAAGCAGGGUUCAAAAGAAGACUGCAUAAUGUUAUAGCAUCAUUGCACUAUAACAAUGAUGCUGUUGAAGCUUUUCUACCUUCUGUUGAUCUCUGAAAAUUGUACUAAUUUAUUUGAAAUGGGCUUCAUGUUAUUUUUUUGUGUGUUUUAAAUGCAUCGAAGUUCCUGGUUUCAGUUUCGAGGUUUGUAACACCAUACUGAUGGUUGUUGACAUGUUUUAUGUUUAUAGUUUGUUCGUUUUACUUCUCAGUGCUUCUCUUCACAAUGCUUCACUUAAUUUCACACAUGAUGCAUUCAUUUUGCGAUUUUUAUGGUGAAAAUCAAAAUGUUGGAAUAGUUUAGCACUUCAUUUUGUAAAAAAAGAAAUUUAUAGUCUGAGACAUGAAAUAAAUGUUUAAAAUACA